GGGUUUUUGUUUUCCCCGACAACGUAGUUAUUUAUUGAAACGCGCCAAACCUUAUCCGCUUUCUGUGCAAUAACGGUUUCAGGGAGAAAGAGGGGUUGCAAUGUUCGUCUUCCAAACUUCAUUCUCAUUUCUCUCCCAACCUGUUUUCAUUUCCAUUCAUUACCAUCAAAAAUUCUCUCAAAAACCUAAAAAAUGGCCAAUCAGAGCCGGUCCUGCAGCUCCAGGCGUCGACCUGAAGACCCUCGAAUCCGCCAUUGCAAAGAAAGAUAGUGAAGCUGCUAAAGAGGCACUUGAUCAGCUGAGGGAAGUUGGAUGGAGCAAAAAAUGGAGUUCUCAACCGUAUGUGUCUCGCCGUACGACUUCUCUUCGGGAAUUGACGACUCUCGGAAUUAAAAAUGCUGAGAACCUCGCAAUUCCAAGUGUGAGAAAUGAUGCAGCUUUUCUUUUUACAGUUGUGGGGACAACUGGAUUUUUGGGGGUUCUUGCAGGCCAGCUUCCUGGGGAUUGGGGUUUCUUUGUGCCAUACUUGCUUGGAAGCAUCUCUUUAAUCGUUUUGGCUGUGGGUAGCAUUUCCCCUGGGCUUCUUCAAGCUGCCAUUGGGGGCUUUUCAUCAUUUUUUCCAGAUUAUCAGGAGAGGAUUGCUAGACAUGAAGCAGCACAUUUUUUAGUUGCGUAUUUGCUUGGCCUCCCUAUUCUGGGAUAUUCAUUAGAUAUUGGAAAGGAGCAUGUCAAUCUCAUUGACGAAAGGUUGGAGAAAAUGAUAUACAGUGGCAAGGUUGAUGCAAAGGAGCUAGAUAGGUUGGCUGUUGUAGCAAUGGCUGGUCUUGCAGCGGAAGGUCUGCGAUAUGAUAAGGUGGUCGGUCAAUCUGCUGAUCUUUUCACCCUUCAGAGACUUAUAAACAGAAGCAAGCCACAAUUAAGCAAAGAUCAACAGCAAAAUCUUACUAGAUGGGCUGUUCUAUUUGCUGGAUCCCUUAUAAAAAAUAACAAAGAAAUUCAUGAAGCCCUGAUGUCUGCGAUGUCAGCCAACUCAACUGUAUUGGAGUGUAUUGAAGCGAUAGAGAGGGCUGAAUAGCCUGAUUUUUAAAGCCACCUGUAUUGAAGCUAAAGAUGUUCUGAGCCACUAAAUAUAUCUCAAAUCCAAAUCAGUAUAUGGACUCAUUCUCACAUUGAUUGACUUCACAGUCCUCCCAAGUAUUUCAAUCAUGUACUUUAUUUUUUGUAACCUUGUAUGAACAGAAAAGUUGCAUGUCUACAAGUUUCUCACGGAAGUUAAAGUUGAUACAGGUCAUGGCUCUGAGAACCUUUCGGCC